AUGUCACAAAAGCUCGACAUCCUCAUCGUUGGUGCAGGUCUGUCCGGCCUCGCAGCGUCGAUUCAAUGUGCACUUUCGGGACACUCGGUCACCGUGCUAGAGAGCGCAAAGGAGCUUGCUGAAGUUGGUGCUGGACUGCAACUUACACCAAACGCCACACGCCUCUUCCAAGAUUGGGGUGUAUACGACUCACUAAAAUCACUCGUAUGCGAGCCAAGGACCCUCACGGUGUACAACUACAAGGGCAGAGUACUGGCAAACGAGGACAAUUUCGAUGUCAACAUAAGACGGAAAUACGGAGCGCCGUUUUCGGAUUGCCAUCGUGUGGACCUGCAGCAGGCGCUUGUAAAGAGGGCAAGGGAUUUGGGUGUCACAGUCGUCCUCGAUGCCCGAGUCACAGGAAUAGAUUUUGGGUCGAAGACAGGAGACAGAGCGAAGGUGACUGUGGGUGACAAGACGUACGAUGCAGAUCUAGUUGUUGGUGCAGAUGGCCUUUGGUCAACGUGCCGGUCCACCAUGUUAGGGAAGAGGGACCCUCCGCUGCCAACCGGUGAUUUGGCGUACCGGAUCGUGCUGAAUAUCGAUCAAGUCAAGAGCCAAAAGUUGCGAGAUAUGGUGCAGAAUCCCACAUGUCGAUUCUGGGCAGGCCCAGAUUCGCAUGUGGUUGCAUACAGCAUGCGUGGCGGGAGCAUGUACAAUGUCGUACUUCUCGUGCCGGACGAUCUCGAAGAAGGUGUUGCGAGGACAGAGGGCGAUCUCGAUGAGAUGAGGAAGCUGUUUGAGGGAUGGGAUCCAGUGUUGACCGAGUUCCUCGAGUGUGUUGACAAGGUCGACAAGUGGAAGCUGAUGCACCGGGAGGAACUGCCUUCGUGGAUCAACCCACAGUCAAACCUUGUGCUCAUCGGAGACUCCUGUCAUCCCAUGCUUCCGUACUUGGCGCAAGGCGCGAAUUCGUCGAUCGAGGAUGGCGCUGUGCUUGGACUGCUGUUGGGACCAAAGCACUUCACCGACAAGGCACAGCUUCCGGAUUCACUGAAGAAGUUUGAAAAGCUACGGAAGGCAAGAGGCGAAGGCAUUGUUAGAGAGACGUUCAAGCAGCGCAAGGACUUCCACAUGCGUGAUGGACAUGAGCAGGAAGAGCGGGACCAGCGAAUGAUAAGACAGCUGGGUCAGGAGCUGCAAGGGGCUUUCCCAAGUCGGUGGACAUGCCCAGAGGUUCAGCCAUGGCUGUACGGCUAUGAUGCUUCAAAAGAAGUGGAGGCUGCUACUGCGAGGUAA